AUGAUUACCAAACUGGACAGUGUUCUUUUGACUCAGAAAAAAUUCAUUUUCAACUACAAGAACAUGCGCUGGGCCAAAGGUCGAAACGAGACGUACCUGUGCUUUGUAGUGAAGAGGAGGGAUGGUCCAGAUUCCAUGUCCUUUGACUUUGGGCACCUGCGUAAUCGUGCUGGCUGCCAUGUUGAGCUUCUCUUCCUACGAUACCUGGGGGCGCUGUGUCCAGGCUUGUGGGGCUCAAUUCCAGGAGGUGCUAGGCUCUCUUACUCUGUGACAUGGUUCUGCUCCUGGUCCCCUUGCUUUAACUGCUCCUGCCGCCUGGCUCAAUUCCUGAACCAAACACCCAACCUCAAACUCCGCAUCUUCUUCGCUCGUCUCUACUUCUGUGAUGAAGAGGGUGUAGAGAGAGAAGGGUUGAGGAUUCUGAAGAGGGCUGGGGUCCAACUCUCCGUCAUGAGCUACAAAGACUACUUUUACUGCUGGCAAACCUUUGUUGCUCGCAGGGAGCGAGGAUUUAAAGCCUGGGACCAGUUGCACCAAAACUCUGUCCGACUGGCAAGAAAACUCAACCGCAUACUGCAGCCCUGUGAAAUCGAAGAUUUAAGAGAUGCAUUUGCACUCCUCGGAUUCUGA